CAAACCCAUUCCCUAAACCCUUCUGUCCGUUGAGGUUUAUUGCUCAGUCUGACCCAAACUCAGGUGGUAACAAAACCCUAGGAAUCCAUCUCUUUAUGCACAAAACCCCAGUUGCCAGCACAGUGAACAUAAACCCUAACCCUUAUCACUUAAGCCUCGCCAAGUGCUGUUGCUCUCUAGCCCACCACCAACCAUGAAACAAGAAAACAACAAGGACAACAGCAAAACCCAAACUUUAAAGCCUGAGCAGAAGACACUUCUGCUUCAUUCUAUAGCUAAGUAUCUUGAAAACACUGGUGGGUUUUCCAAAACAUUAAAGAAGUUCGAAUCUGAAGCCAAAUUUGAGAAAGAUGAUUUGGGUGGUGACUCCUUGAUUGAUUUGGAGGAGUUGUUUUGCAAGUUUUUGAAGACAAGUGACGAUACCAGCAAAAAGUUAGAGAGCAAUCAGGUUCAAGAUAUACAGACGAACGGUGUCACUAAAAAGAAAAAGAAGUGUGAUACUGAUGCUAUAAAAAAUCAAUUAGGAGCUGGUGAUAAAGUUAACAAUUCUGAGAGUGUUGAAGAGAUCAUAACAAAUGAAACAGUGGCUACUGAAGUCAGGUCGAAAGAGAAGAAGGAAAAGAAAAGGAAUUCUGAUUCUCAUGGACAAGAGGAACAAGACAAUGUCGAAGCUUUGAAGGAACCUGCUGAUAAUGGUGCUGGUGAAUUGCCUGAUAAGAAACGCAAGGACAAAAAGAAGAAGAAAAGCAACUUGGAAUCCGAGUCUCAAGAUGAUAAUGCUGGACAUCAUCUGGCAGAGCCUGUGUCAAUGGAAGAAAAAUCCAAGGGUGUGGCAUCUUCCAAGGGAAACCAAGUAACUGGUGGUGAGACAGAUAAUAAACCAAAGGAUAAGAAGAGAAAGAAAGACAAGCUUUUUGAUUCCGCUAUUGGAAAUGGGGAGCAACAUAUCUCGGAGAGUAAGCAAGGAGCAAGUGCUGACAGUAUUAUGGACAACAAGAACAUCAAAUCUGAAGGGAAGAAGAAAAGGAAGGAUGCUCUUUUUUCUGAAAAUUUGUCUGCUGAGAUGCUUGAUGAAGGGAAAUCAAAUUCUGAGAAGGAUGACUCUAAGAACUUGAAGGAGGAUGUGAAUGACAAAGACAAUAAGAGUUCCAAGAAGAGGAAAAGAUUGUCUUCUGAAGAUGAUGCCACUCAGACUGCCGAUGAAAAAGCCAUUGAAGAAUCUAAACGAAGAAAGACAGAAAGUUCAGAAGAACUAAAGGAAAAUGUCCAGGCAAACGGGAACCUUGAGGAAAAUGGAGCAAAAUCAGCACCGCAGAAAUCUAUGAUGAAGGAAAAGAAUGGUUCUGUUGAGCCAAAGACGGUUAAACAUUUUCAAAGAGUAAAAGCUGAUGAGGUGGUAUUCUCUGAUGAGAGGCUUAAAGAUAAUUCAUACUGGGCAAAGGACGGUGCCGAAGAUGGUUAUGGUGCAAAAGCACAAGAAGUUCUCGGGCAAGUUAGAGGAAGGGGUUUUAGGCAUGAAAAAACAAAGAAGAAGCGCGGGACAUACAGAGGAGGGCAGAUUGAUUUGCAAUCACACUCAUUUAAGUUCAACUACUCAGAUGAAGAUUGAUCGGGGACCUUCUUUUUGUGCGAUGAACACUUGGUUUUUGAUCUCAUUGCAUUUUUACUUGUAUGUACCAGAGCACAACUUUUCAUCAUCAAUGUGCUGACUUCUGCUUCCGUGAUGAUUAUUGCCCAUUGUUUUGUACGUUUAGCGUCCCCUUUCUCUUAUUUAACAAGCUCUGAGUCAAGUCAAGCAUUUAAGCCA